GAGAGAACAAGCUACUAAAUCAUAACGAACACUUCAUGAUAUGGCUUAUAUUAUCCACAAGUGCGCCGAAACCCAUACGUAUGGAUUGCACCAAAAUAUAGCACCAGUAUGACUAAGCGUCUCGCAUUACGAAGAGCCAAUCGAAUGUGCGUUAGAAGAAUGAAAUAACGCAUACACGCGAGAACAGUCGCUCAGAAAGUCGCGGUUUGUAUGCACCCGGCACAGUUGCCGCGCAAGAUGCGCGAACACUAGCGACUUCCAGAAUUCAGUGUAUACAGCGCAGAGUUAGGCCUGGGCCGUCGCUCCACGAGUCGCGCACGUACUCUUGUCCCAUGUUCCUCUAAGCUGAGUCGUCCGAUCGACGGCAGCUCACUCUCACACACUUGAGCGCGCCAAGAGUGGUUUGGUGUGCGAUAGGACAAUUCUGAUUCCGUGCCGCUCAUUCGUUCGUACACGGUUAAAUCGAUCGGAUGGGGUUUCCUGUUGGCGGCGUUUUAUUACGAUUAGGUGCAGUACGAGCGAUUUUUUCACAUGUGAACCAUAGCUACAAACGUAGACGAGUUGGAUAUUUUUACAGUAUUGUGAUCCUCUGGAAAGAUCACCAUAGCUCCUAUCAGCAACAAAAACGGGGUCACCCUGUGGAACGUCGCCCCGGCCAGAACGAAAGUAGCACACACACAGGAGGUCAACUGAUGGUUCAAACCCCGUGACAGUCCAUUCGUUACGAUCUGAUUUGAUGGUGAAGUACGGGGCAAGCAGGCGGACAACACGGAGCUACAGUUCUUGAAAUGUGGUGCAUGCAUAAUACUGGCCUUAAAUCGUUCAACGGCACCAAAGGCGACGAUCAGGCCUCUGCCGCGCAGGCUUUGGACAGUGAGCAACUGAUGUGAGAGAAGACUUAUAUCCAUCGAGGAUCGUUUUCGGAAGCGUAUAGCAGGGGCAGCGUGCAAAGAAGAUCAGGCACAAUUUCAAAGGUUGAUAGGCGGGAAGUGGCAAAACGGUCGGUUCUUCAUGUCCACCCUAGGAUGGUAGGAACAUUGGUUAAAUAUUCGGAAGGGCAUCUUGUACACUGGCGUGUGCAUGCGACGACCACCGCUGUGUGUACCUUUGGUGUGUUCUAACCUCCGAAUAACUGAUGGUGCGUGGAACGGCAGGAACCGAUCGAAUUCGUCGCUGAGUUAUACACGAUGUGCUGGUGCGAUAACGCCAUUAUGUGAUCUUUUUCUUUCCUAACGGUGGUGGUGGUAAUGUUUUAGGUGCUUUUCUUAAACUAACAGUGCUAAUGGUGUGUGGUGAUGGUGAUAUGCGACAGCUCCCUUAUCAGCGAGCUGAAAACUCUUUCCACUAACACGAUUACGACGGUGGUGUGUUUGUAGGUUAGGUGGUUGUUGCUUGAAUAUACACUUGUUGUACUACUAACGAAAAACAAACCCCUUCAAAACGAGUCGAACUUUUUACGUGUACGGGAUCCAGUUCCAAAACGCAUUGAUAAAAGCACACUUUCGCUUUCCUCCCCCCCCGGGAGAACGGAACUCAGCGACAUUAACGUCGACAGCAGGCCCGAGCCCGAGCCAAGCGUCUUUUUUGGGACGCCGUUGUAAACAUCGAAUCGACGAUUAGUGGGUGAUUCCCUGCUCGCAAAUCAAUACGUGGCAUGAUGAAGAAAUCUACGCGUCAAGCCCGAAUGUCUCGGUACGUCGGUAAGCAUUCGCCAAAGAUCGCGACUCCGGAUGAAGGCAACAACAAUAACAACAACAGCCCCGGCAAGGGCAGGAUCGCAACUGCUGCAAAGCUAGCAGUAAGCGGUGACGAGGAGAUGGCUUUGAGUGAUCUUCCUUUGUUUAUCGUGGAAAAACCGAUCAACUAUGACGAAACAUCGGUGGACUGUGAGGACGAGGAUGACAAGUCGGUUGUGAAGAAACUGGUCAACAAUGAGACGGCUGGUGAGGAUGGGGAUGGUGGAGAGUCUGGUAGUGGCACGGAUGCAACUUUAUCAUCCGCCGGUGGUUCAUCGUCCACGUCCAAGCGUGGUCGCAAACGCCAGGAACGGAAGCUGUAUCAGUGCGAAGUUUGCCAAAAGGAGUUUAUGGGGACGAACGAUUUGCGCAAACAUUUGCGAAUACAUAAUGACGAGCGGCCGUACCCGUGUCCGCACUGCAAGAACCGCUUCCGACAGGCGGGAUGUCUGAAGAACCACAUCGCUUCUCAGCACGGUACGGACGAACAGUACACGUGCGAUCUUUGCGGUAAAUCGUUCCCGAUCAAGGAGCGGUUACGGUUGCAUAUGCGCAUCCACACUGGGGAAAAACCAUACAGCUGCUCGAUUUGCCCGAAAACCUUCGCACGCGGUGGACAGCUAACGCAACAUCUUGCCACGCACAAUGGUGUGAAGAAGCACAAAUGCGACCAGUGCAUGGCCGCUUUCUCCUGUGCGGCUAACCUGAAGAUGCACCUUAAAAGCCACAUGGACAUCCGCGACUACACGUGCCAUAUUUGCGGUCGGGGAUUCUAUCGGCCGGAUGCGUUAAAGAAGCAUCUGCUCUGCUACCAUGCGAAUCUGAAAGCGUUCCACUGUAACAUAUGCAACAAAAUGUUCAAGGGACAUUUGCCGCAGCACAUGCGUACGCAUCUGAAGGUCCGUCCGCACGGUUGUGCCGUGUGUGGUUCGGUUUUCUCGCAACGAUCACAACUGAUUGUUCAUCAGCGCAUUCACAGUGGCGAGCGUCCUUAUCGGUGCCAGGUUUGCUGGCAAGCGUUCGCUCAUUCAAGCGUGCUGAAGUUGCACAUUCGUAAACAUACGGGCGAAAAACCGUUCGAGUGUCCGCUGUGUGUGUCGAGCUUCUCGCAGCUACCGCAUUUGAAGAAGCAUAUGCUCUCUAUUCACCAGCAGGACAAAUCGUACCUUUGCAAAAAGUGUAAGGAAUUUUUCAAAACCAAGAUGGACUAUCAGCUACACGUAACAGCAUGCUACAAAGAUCCGGCAGCAUUGAAGAAUCUCGACAAUAUGAUGGACCCCAUGUACCGACCGACGGAGACCAACGGUAUCGAUCCACCGAUGACCAUUUCGCGCAUGCGAUUUCUGGUGGCAAUUCUGCUGAAGAAAAUUUCCAGCGAGGAUCGGCUAAAGGAGCUGGGCUUCGAUAAGCGACUGAUCGAUAACGUUCUAAUCGAUUCGCUGAAGUGUGCUGGCCGCAAGGUUUGCGACGACAAGUCAUUUGAUCCGCUGGAACGAUUGAAGCUAAACGUACAGGAGCUGCUGGAAUGGACCGUACCACAAAACUACAUGGAAGAAUUCCGUGGUGCCAAUCGCAGCACUGAGGAACUGCUCGAGGAACUUACAAACUAAGAUGCGACCAUUUCAGUUUUCACCCGGGAGGGAGGGAGUUUAAUUCUUUUUUAAUGAUUAAUGUUUUCUUUGGUAGUAAUUUAAAAUUUUGCUUUUAACCCUUUUUUUUUAUUCAGUUCAUUUAAUGGUGUGUUUUGGUGGUGGAAACAUUUUCUUUUCUAAAAUAUGCUUUUUCCUAUCCGAUACCUAUGACUGAAGAUAAUUGUGAAAGCUGAACUAAAGAUUUGCUAAAGAAAGCUGUGUAAUAUGUUAAAUGUUGAACAUCGUACUAAUAUAUCCUUAAUCCCCCUUCUUUAACACGCUCAGCGCGCCGUGUCAUAAACGUUCAAUGCGAUUUCCAUAGAGCAUCACUCACAUUUGGGUGAUGCGGAGCUGAACAUGUUAAUCUACUAACACACAUACAAGUGCAUAGUACUUCGUAGUGGAACGUAUAAAGGGAGGGUAGCACUGCCUGAAACAAUGCACAAAAACAAUAAGUCGAAAAGCGAAAAGUAAACCAAUGAAUUGCGCGCGCGCACACACACCAAUGGCGCAUGAUGCAAAACGCCAUGCCAAACGAACGAUGAUUCGAUGCCAUUUUAUUUUUUAUUGUAUAUUUAGUUGUAUUGUUUGAAAUAAUACUAAUAACAAGUUGCAUGUAAGCAUUUCGAUGUACGUCAUCUGUAAUACGGGAAGAAGAGCGUGUAAUUCGAAACAAAAACAACACAUGAUCAUUUGCUCCUUCCGGUGAAGAUCGUACAAAAGGAUGAAAGCAUAUUUGCCUUAACAGACACUGCUAUACGUUUAGCUUCGCCAUUGUUAUCCUAGUCUAAUUUCUAUUGAAAAAAAGGGUCAUUCGAAAGCACGCCUACGUUAUUUGGUGUAGGAUAGACGAAUCAUCAUCAUUCAUUCUUAUAAAAUGAAUUUUUCAGGCCCAAGAGCAGUUGUUUUUAGAAAAUUUGGUGAAUGAUGGAACUUGUUUUUAGAGUUACAAAGCGUGUAAAUUCGGCAUUGAUUUGGUUUUUCUCUUAGUUACCUUUUCCGCAUUUUUAGAAGCUAUGAUAACAGUAAUGUAGUAAAGAUUCCGAACGGAAACGGAAUAUUUCAGCUGAAUACCAAAAAAACACAAACAACUUGAGAAGUAAAAGCACGAAUUAGCUGUCCACGGCCGUACCGCGGUGUGAGAGUUGUCAGCAUUAUUAGAUACACAAAACCAGAACUCAACACUGUUACCAUGUUGUGUAGUUUGCCAUUCGGCUUGCCAUCUGUGUCUGCAUGGAAGAAUGAUAGUUGAUAUAAUAUGUAAGUGGAAAUCAAAAGAAAUGUUUCGAAACCCAGUGUAACAGAACUCAUCGUAUAUGAAUAUAAAUGUGACAGUGGCCAUAUAAGCACCGAUCUUCAUUUGUGUACAAUCGUGUAUAAUCGGACUCUUGUGCGCCACACUUCCGGUUUCGUAUGUAUCUCUGAAUAGACGAUAAAGUAGCUAAUGUAAUAUCUCAUUGUUCAUCAUGAUGUCGAUGUGCUGUGUGUCGAUCGUUUUGCGGAACACAAAAACCAAAUUUUGAAACCAAACUUGACCGAACUACUAACACAAAAUGUUAACAUGCUGUGCGUAUUGUGUAUCCUCGACCCGAGCGAUACCUAACCAUCCCGCAUAAUCGUUGGUCACACAUAACCUUUUUAGUAAUUGGUAGAUAAAUGUAGUAGUAUUUUGGUGUGGAAAUACACAAAUAAAAACACACGUACCGGAAAAUGUUUAGCUUCAAUGUGAAUUUAUUACAAAUAUGGACCGGGGAGAGAGCGAGAGAAUCGUUCGUAGGCAGCAAACAUACAUCGCUUCUUAUGUACAGUGAAAGUGUACUGGAUGUACGACUUUUAAGCUCCGCGGCCAAUUGUAUAAAAUGUAUUA